AUGGAGUUUUAUUUGGAGAUUGACCCCGUUACCUUGAAUCUCAUCAUUCUGGUAUCUAGCUAUGUCAUUUUGCUUCUGGUUUUCCUGAUCUCCUGCGUGCUCUAUGACUGCAGAGGGAAGGAUCCCAGCAAGGAAUAUGCUCCUGAGGUCCCUGCAGACACCCAGCCGCCAAUCCGGCUGGUGGUGAUGCAGCAGGGCUCCCCUGGCACUCGCUGGGCAAAGGGACUCAUCUCUGCCUACGAGAACCCUGCUGAUCUGCCUGGGAAAAGGACUACAGUUGUGUGA